GAUAGAUUGUUGACUACUGAAUACUGCAUUUGGAGAAAUCCUUUCUAAUAUGCUUGUGGAAAAAAGGACAAACUAUUUUGAAUAGUAACCACUGAUGCUCCUGAUAACUUAGAGGAAGUGAAGAAAAAGUUUAUGUAAUUCCAUAGGUAGGACAAGGACUCAUUGUAUACACGAAUAAUAAGGGGGAGGAUAUUUGUAAAUGCGAUGACCUAUACCUUUGAAAGUCAAACCAUAAAGAAUUCCUUGGGAAAGAAACUGAGUAGCUUCUUCUUAAGUGUAUCAGAGUGAUUAAAGUACAAUUAAGUAUUUUGAAGUUGUGAUAAAUUAAACUUAAGCAAUAACCUAGAGAGGUAUUCUCGUAAAUAGUGAACAAGAGGAGGGAUCAUCUAGUUAGUGACACAUCGAGGUCUAGGAGUAUAUAUAACUUGGAGUCCUGACUAUGACAUAGAAACUCAGAGAAUCUUCUCACUGUAACUCAGCUGAAACUCACAUCUCCUGUCAACAUGUCCUACAACUGCUGCUCUGGAAAAUUCUCCUCCUGCUCCCUUGGGGGCUACCUGCGCUACCCAGGCUCCUCCUGUGGCUCUUCCUACCCCAGCAAGCUGAUCUACCACACUGACCUCUGCUCUCCCAGCACCUGCCAGCUGGGAUCCUCUCUCUACAGUGGCUGUCAGAGGACCUGCUGGGAGCCCACCAGAUACCAGACACCCUGUGUUGUGUCCAGGCCCUGCCAGACAUCCUCCUACGGCCUGAGGACCUCCACACUCCGCAGUCCCUGCUGGACAACUUAUGCUGGAUCCCUGGGCUUUGGAUCCAGAAGCUGCUACUCACUGGGCUGUGGAUCCAGUGUCUUCAAACCCCUGGGUUACAGAGUCUAUGGCUUCCCUACCCUGGGCUAUGGAUCCAGAUUCUGCUGCCCAACCUACUUCCCUUCUAGGAGCUGCCAGUUUUCUUGUUAUAGGCCAACCUUUAGAUCAGCCUUCUGUAGAUCAACAUGCUGAGUUUCCAGACCUUUUGAGCAAAAUGUUUCAGUCUCUGCUUAGAGCUACUAUCAUAGAGUUUUUCAGCAAUGUUAGCUAACCUCUCUCACCACCAACUUUUCACCACUUCUCUGGCAUCAAGCACUGGCUUAUAGACUAGUUCUUUCAGACAGUGAAAUUAUUGAAUGACCAAAUAUAGAGUCCAGUGUCUAUAAUUUUGAACCAAUUGAUUUAGAAUUGCAUAAAUUCUUCUUACAAAAUGUGUGGAAGUUCAGUUUUGCUUGACCUAAUAAACUUAUGCACUUU